AUGGAUGCAUUCGCUGAACACAUCCUGAACGCACCCGGUUGUCAACAAGGGUCGCUUGUCGCCUCUCCUUCACAGCCGAGCGUAAAGGACGAAGUUGUUUGUUGUAUGGUGAGGGAGGAGGGUGAUGUGUUUGUCGCGCAGAUGGGUUCUAGUGAAGAAUCUUCUGUAUGUGUUCUGCGCAAUGACAACCUACUCCCCAACUUCCGCACUCGCGGACAUCCGUCCAUGAAAUCGCCCUGGCUGACUCGCAAACCUCUGAGAAGUCGCCGACUUGCGACCACAAUUAGGCCAACUGUGAUAUAA